AGGGACGCGGAAGCUACGCCGCGGCCCCUGCGGACACACCAGGCUGGUGGAUGCGGAAUAGAGACCCCCGAGCCGGCGUGUCCUCACCUGCUUCCUCGCCCCCGGGAGGGUCACCAGAGUCGCUGCGGACGGCACCGACAUGUCUGUCGAGGGGGGCGCGCAGGGAGCCUCCCCCAGGGCCCCGCGUCCCGGGACCCAGAAGUCGUCGGGCACGGUGACCAAGAAGGGGGAUCGCGCGGCCAAGGAGAAGCCUCCGAUCGUGCUGCUGCCGGUGGGCGAGGAGGAGCCCAAAAACCCUGAGGAGUACCAGUGCACCGGGUCCCUGGAGACCGACUUCGCGGAGCUCUGCACCCGCCUGGGCUACUCGGACUUCCCCAAAGUGGUCACCCGGCCCCGGCCGCACCCCGCCUUCCUCCCUUCCUCCUCUGUGUCCGAAAAGCCCGUCGUCGGUGAGUGACAGUGGAGCUGGGGUGCCCGCCGGGCCACCUCAUCCGUCCCCAGCCUCCCAUCGCGCGGAGGGCUGAAUGGCAGGGGGCGCAGGGCAGGGUGGGUGGAGGAGGUGUUGGAAGGGGAGAUGCUCCAGCUGUGCUCCUGGCCGUCCACCAACAGCUUUUGGAAGGUGGGGCUGACGGAUAAGACCCUGGCCACGUUCAUCGCCCUGCUGCCUCUCUGCUCAUCCACACUCAGGAAGGUGUCUCUGGAGGGGAACCCACUGCCCGAGCAGUCCUAUCACAAGCUCAUGGGACUGGACAGCACGAUCACGCACUUGUCUCUGCGGAACAACAACAUCGAUGACUACGGGGCGCAGCUCCUGGGCCAGGCCCUGUCCACGCUGCACACCUGCAACCGGACCCUGGUCUCGCUCAACCUGGGCUUCAACCACAUCGGAGACGAGGGCGCAGGCUACAUCGCGGAUGUGCGUGCACAGGAGGGAGCCUUCUGGCUGUCCCUGGCCCACAACCGCAUUCAGGACAAAGGCGCCCUGAAGCUGGCUGAGGUCCUGCAGCCCUUCGAGCUGACACACACCGAGGUGGUGGAGCGCCGGCGCCUCCUGCUGGGAAAGGGGGCCCAGGAGCACCUGCGGUCGCCUUCCUCUUCUCGACACGGGGAGUCCAAAGCAGAACGGGAGAGGAAUCAACUGGUGGGAGUCAGCAGCGUCGCGCUGAUAGACAAGGCGGACAAGACGCAGACAGCAAAGACCCUGAAGGGCCUGGUCAAGAAAAAGGAGAAGGCGGGGGAAGUGGUGAAGAAAGAGGAGAAGUCGGGGUCUGGGCAGUCACCCAUACCAGGAAACCUAAAGAAGGAAGACGCCGCCAAGACAAGCAAGGGGAAGGUGACCAUCCCCGAGCAGAAGCCAACCAGGGGGAAAGGGCAGAAGACUGGGAGCAAGGAGAAGCGCAGCAUCCUCCUGGAGUCAGAGCUGAUCGUUGAAGCUACGGAGAUGGUCAACCCUCUUUUGGAGCCCGUGGAACACCGAGAUGGGAAAGUUUUCUUGCUUGGGAACAAGGUCCUUUUGCACCUCAACCUCCUCCGAAACCGCAUCACCGAGGUGGGGCUGGAGGGCUUCCUCAACGUGGUGCGGUACCAGGCGCAGUUCUCCAGGUCCUCCAAGAGUGCGGCCAAGGGCCCCGUGGGGCUGCUCUGGCUGUCCCUGGCGAAAAACAACUUCUCCCCGCAAAACCCCAUGUACAUGAUGAUGCAGGAACUGAUGCUGCCAAGGGACCCCAUCAGUAAGGCCAAGCACAGAGAGGAGGAGGCCCUGGCUUCCGCCACCUAGGGCCCCCCUCCCCUCUCCUGCUCACAGGCUCUGGCCACAGAAGCAUCUCCUGCCCGGGUGUGGGCUGACCUCCCUAGGUGAGAUCUCAGGUCAGUAACAAAGGCCACUGCUGUACUUUCCCCUUGAAAUUGUCUAAAAACUUUGUUCUGGAAAUACUUGGACCAUUUGGACUCUCGAGUCUGUUCAUCUAACGGCCAGGAAUGGCUGAAUCGCUCGCUGCAGUUUGCCGGGCCUUGCUCUCCUGCCUCCCGAGGGCCUAGUUCUUGCUUGCUCAGGCCACAGCACUCUCACCCAUGCUCCUGGAGCACCUGCACCUACAGAUGUCCGCAAUCCUAAGCCAGGACACCCAAAUGGUGCAGGGCCAGAGGAGUCAGGAGAGCUGGGGGCCCGUGCGUGUGGCUCCCACAAGGCGGAGCGCGCAGGGCUGGCUCCUGGGAGCCCAGAGCCACUUUACAGGGGGCUUCCAGGGAAGUGUCCCCCCUUCCCCUCUGGGCAGCUAACCUGGUCCCCCUUCCCUCACUCUGUUGCCACGACAGAGAUGUGCUCUCCCUGCCGAGAGCACUCUUGGUGAAGCUCAGUGGCCCUCCAGGCUUCUCGGCCUCUGACCACCUGCUCAGCCCUGGCAGCUGGCUGAGCUGCUGCAGAAACCUGGCCAGCGUUAGAGUCCCAACACGAGAACACGAGCAAUUACAGGGGCCUGGCGAGCCUAGUCCCCUCAGCUUCCCCAGGUGUUCCUACCUGAUCCUUCUAAGGCAGUAACCUUCCUAAGGCCGCGGCCCUUUAAUCCAGUUCCUCAUGUUGUGGU